GGUCCCUUCCAACCUCAAUGAUUCAAUGAUUCUAUGAUUUGUCCUCAAGCUUCUUUUUACCCCAGGCUUUGGGACAGUGCUACGUGAGCUGUCACCACUGAUACAUGAUGUCCUUCUAGGCAGCUGAUGUCCCUGUGUCCCCUUGGCCUAACCGUGUCCUCGCUGCAGUACUGGCCUGCACCCCAUGCACUGGUUGUUCCUUCACGCUUUCUGCUGCCCAUCUGAGCUGCUGUUCUACCACUGGUUCCCUGUGUGUCCCUCCUGUAGCUGUCACGACAUAGUGAAGGGCUCUUUACUUAAAGACAGGCUGACACUUGUACCACAGAAUGUGACUCCUGUAGCUGUCAAUGGAGUUUUCUUACAGGGGGUUGAAAACAGCUUACAAGAUGGAGCUUACAAAGCAAUUUGUAUAUCAGUCUCUUACAAAUACUAUUAAUUACUCAGAAAUGACGUAGCUUUCAUGUAAACAACCUCUUCCUUGUAGGACAACUGCAUGGCUUCUUUGGUCACCUAUUAUGGGUAAUCAGAAAAAUCUCAGUGUCAGGAAACCAAAUAACUCCCCCUGGUAACAGUACUAUUUCAUUGAUGACGUUAGGUCCAAAGAGCGUCAGUAAAGCUAGUGCACUUGCAAGAACUUAAUUACAUUGAGAAGUGGUUAGGCUCUUUCUUUUUUUUUUUUUCUUCGUUUCUUUUUUGUUCUUUCCAGAAGGUUAGUAAUUUGGACAGUGCAGUGAUCUGUUGGCUCCAGUGGCACCAAGUGAAAAAGAAGCUGUAGAAUGAGGCUCCUGGGAGAUGUGCGUAAUGUUCGGCUUGUGGCUGGAUGUCCUUAAGGUGGGCAAAAGCAGAAUUCACAGCCAGCUCUGUGAGUACUCUUAGGAACAUGGGCCCUGCCUGAAGACAGAGGUACAAGUUGUCCCAUUGGUGCAUGUCAGUGGGUGAAAGAAUCCACUGGUUCUUGCUUCAGACCUCAUCCUUGAGCACUCCUAAUGUGAUGUGUGCAGGUCAUGGUAGCACAGAGGAAGGAGAAGAGAUUAGGAAACCUGUAACGUUUUUUCUUCUGUUCCAUCACUGUGUGUGCUUAUGUUUCAGCCUUAAUCUGCCCUGAGCCACUGCAUUUGGGGUCUUUUGCCCCAUUUGUUUCUGUACCUCCCUUCCGUUGCUGAAGGAAAGAGAAGAAACCCAUCUUCCCCACAUUUCGUGAUGCAGUGAGGCCUCACACUCAGAACUGAGGUUCGUUUCUUGGAGAAAGUCAUAAAUCAUAAAGACCUCUUCAUCCACAACUGAGGAACUAGAGCCUGGCAUGCAAGAGACCUUUCGGUUCAAACUCCAGCACACAAGCCUUUGGAGAGUCUCUCUUCAAAGGGACAGCAGCGUCAGUGUUUGGAUGCUCCUUUUCAGUGGCAACUGGGAGCUCUGAACCCCGAGAUAUUUUUAAGCAUCUUGGCCCCUCACUUCUUCUCUUUGUCUCUUCAGGUCAGUGCUAUGUCUUGCUGGUUUGUGCGAAGGAGAAGGCACUGCGUGCUACAUGUGCUUAGACAACCCCAAAGACCACAUUUCUUCACAGGUGACGUGGGCAGAAAGAAACUCUGCAGGUGAAGGAACCCCUGUGUGUGUGUGUGUGUGUGUGUGAAGGUAGAGACUGAGGAUUCCUCAUUUCUGAAAAGUCUUAGUCAGAUAUUGUGUAGUUAACCCUGUAGCUGCUGCUGAGUAAAGCCACCGAACAGGUGAUGAGGAGGUGAGAACUGAUGCUUAUCGAUGAGUGAAAUAAGCAUUUAUUCUUUCAGUAGGUGCAGAGAGAGCUGGAAAUGGCAGUGCCAUUAACAUACAUCACAAGCAGGACUGAGCAAGAAGGAGAUUGACGGACAAAAUGUCACUACCUUGCGUCAGAGACAGCUCCAGACAUGACUGCACUGGCCAGUGAAGUUGCUCACCUCAAGAUUCGAGCUUGCCUGCUGCUGGUGGCCUGUCUGUGGCAAUGGACACGGCAAACCCUGGCCACACCGUGCCCGGAUGGUGAACUGAGAACCAUCACCAAAGACGUGAAGAAAUGCUGCCCCAAAUGCAUCUUGAGAGCAGGAGACAACAGCACGUGUCAAAACGUUGAGGACCAUGACUGCAAGUGUCGGCAGGGGUACAGCUGCGUCGAUAGCGUGUGUCUUUACUGCAAAAAGCUGCCCGAGUGUGCAGAAGGGGAGGAGCUGGUUAAGUUUGGCUCUUUAGACUUCACGUUCAAGUGCAAACCCUGUGAGAUAGGAACCUAUUCUAAUGUUAAGAAUGGCUGGUGCCAUAACUGGACUGAUUGUGAAAGUUCUGGGUUUCUAACAAUCAAGCAAGGCAACAGUACACAUAAUACAUUAUGUGGUGUCGCUUCUAAAGGUUCAGAGCAAGUUCCCAUUCCAAAGGACACUCUAUACACCACCAUCCUGGCUAUCCUUACCGCAGUAGCUGUAUUUGUUCUCAUCUUGCUGACCUUCUUCUUGCAUUUCUGCAUAUGGUCUCUGAAGAAGGAAAAAUACUACACAGCUGAUGAUCUGGAACAUAACCUCCUUAGGCUGUCGGGGGCUCCACAGCUGUCACACCAGAGAGAAGAGACUUACAGCUGUCAGUUUCCAGAAGAAGAACAUGGAGACAAAACACCAGAAGAAAAGUCUUGCUUUUUCCACCCUCAGAGUCCAUAACGAAAACAGACCAAUUGCAAUGUGCUGUGAGAACUGGGAGCUGAGCUCAGCUUUUCAAGACAAAAAGAAAGGAGGGGCUGGGUGCAUAAAGCAUCGUUCUGUAGAUAGCAGUAAGGAAUGCCUUUGGAGGGAGUUUCGCUUUGUUUCUUCUCAACAAACCUCGCAUUUAGAAACAGACCAACCUGCUAAGUCAGGCUGACUUUCUGUUCAGCUGCAUUCUGUUCUUCCAAGUUUCCUGGUUUGUUGUUUCUUUGUUUGUUUGUUUUUCAUUGAUGCUCUCUUCAACUUUCUUUGGGACCAGGGACCCUUCUUGUCAUUAUUCCCUUCUGCAUCUUCUGCACGUGUCUCUGUGAUGUUCCCAUGAAAUCCUCUCCUCUCCAGCCCCAACAGAAGGUGGUGGUUCAGCCCGUCUCCGUGCACAGAGGUGCCAGUGUGAGACUGCCAUGGCCACACCAUUUCUGCUUCCAAAGGUUUUCCUGUGCAUGUUCUGUGACUCCCUCAUCCCUCCAAGGAAACUAAAGGGGAGAAGGGAGUAACAUUUAUCCUCCUCUUCUAUAACUCAGCAAUCCUGGUACCUGGGAUGUUGGAUUACAAAAGGGAGACUUCUGAAAGGCUCAAAUGAGGAUCCCAAUGUCUGGAGAACAACAUUCACCUAGUUUAUAGAGAAGGAAAAGACAGUGGAAAACAGAAAAGCCCAACAUUUGUUCUUGAUGCUUUUUUUCAUUUUUAGAUAUAAAUAUUUUUGUGGUGACUGCACUAACAGAUUCAAAGCUCUGGAUGCCUUCUGGUUUGGCCUUCUGGUGAAAGCUGCUCAGAGUAGACUCUUUUAUGACCGAAUCAGCCCUGGGCAAAAAUGAGGUUUGACUCUGCCUUCACAUGAAAGGUUAUAAAUAUCAGACAGUACAACCAUAAUGUCAGCUUCCUCAUGAUU